AUGGACAUCCUGAAGUGGUUGGAGGAGACCGAGCAGCACCCAGUCCCUCAAGAUGCUUGCAAGCCCAAGUCCAAGCCCAAGCGUUUGCCAAGGCGAGCAAAGUCCGGCAGCUCUUUACUCGAGCCUCUCCCUUUGCAAGAUUCCCCUGUCCAGCAAAGGGCCAGAAAACAAACUGCCCGUGAUGUUCUUGUUGCUUCAUCCAGUGCCUCUUCAACGAGCAGUCUCUAUGCUCGCAAACCCAGGCGGAAGACACGUCCCGAACGCUACGAGCCAAACAAGCCCGAACAUGCAGGACGUAACAACUCCUCGAAAAAAGCACGACACAAGUCGAGACGGAGGAAGGUUGAAAAGUCUAGCCAAGUAGUGCGAAACUUCAAAGCCAAGAAUGUAUCAGGGGAUCGGCUUACUUUGAAGCCUCCAGAGCUGGGCUUGUUCAACAAAGGUCGGACGUCAAUUGCAGUCCGAGGCCGUGGCUUGCCCGAUCUUGUCUUUUCCGAAAUGAAGUUUUUGCAGAAGCACGAAGAACCAAAGCCCCCGCCCCAGCCGGAUGUUCCCAGGAAGAAGCGCAAGAUAGAUCACACGCACACCAAAGACGGAGAGAUUUCCACCUUCUUCACCACAGAUCGCCAUACGCUGGCGCAAAAGGUUCAAGACAAGCCUGCUAGCCAUAGUAGCGUACGUGAGAAGAAGCGGCGUCAUCAUUGUUAUAGCCCAACGACUGAUGUGGCGAUAUCCACCGUCAAGCCUGCUGAUCGAAUGUUUCUUCCACAUUCUGAUAUCCAAUAUCCUCGACACGAGAGCACUCGUUGUGUGUCGUGGUCUGCAUCCAUUCGAGCACUGAGCACCAUGUCAGCACACCAUCAAGCCGAUGAUGACGCGCCUCACGAAUGGCAUGACUCGGAUCGCUACGGGCAUUGCAAGUCCAAGAUGAAGAGACCAGAAAGAACUUUCAAACAGCCAGAGCUUCCUUCAGUCGCCAAGCAGACUACAGACGACACGGCAGGAUAUUUCCGAGUAUCCUCCCUCGCUCCAUCUCACAGUAGAAUGUCUAGGUCGCAGUCCUGUCCUCAACAGGCAUCGUCUCCAAAACGAGUGAACCUUGUAGACCGCUCUGCGAAGCUUCAACCCACUGGUACAGCUUACUCAUCGUCAUCAAUGCCACCUGCCGUGCCCGCCUAUCCGAGUACGGACGCGGGUCUAGUGUUGGCGGCAAAUCGCUCAAACAGUCCACGGUUUGGAAAGUCGUCAAUUCUAAGAGAAAUACGUCCCGUCAGCCAGCAUCAGGUUUUAGAUGAUGGCUACAACAACUGCGGUGAAGACCAGGAAACGUCCUCAGAUCUGGAAAAGGUUCUCCAAGUCUGUAAAGAUACCCUCUACAACCAACGUCGGGCAGCUCCGUCACCAAGAAAUGGCGCCAACAGAUCAGAGCACUUGCUCCCGAUGCAAUCGGCAGAUCAACCGCGCCGGACAAGUUGGCAUAUGCCGACGCAGCGUAUUCCCACUGUACGGUUUGCUCAGCUACCUGUCCAAUAUCAUGUACAACCGACAUUUUCUGGUCCUAGUAUCUAUGAGCAACAGGAACAACACCAAUAUCAACCAUUGAGGGUUUCAGGCAAUGAGGCCCUCGGCGACGAUCCAUGGGCUUUCGAGCAAGAGUACAUGGACGAUGACAUGGCAAUAUGUUACAACGAUGUUGGUUGGAAUGAUACAAUAGAGGCAAGUAUCUUGAAUGAGUUGGGAGACAGCAACGAAAUGUAUGUGGCUGAGGGGGCCUUUGGGGUAGACCACAUUGGUGAGGAUUCUUGGCCUAGCAACAACCAUGAUGUGGCCCCUGGGUUCUGGCGGCCAAAUAAGUUGUAUUGA